AUGUCAGGUUUUAAGUCUUCUCUUAAAUUAAACUAGCAUACUAAUAUAGGAAAAGAAGAACUCAAAAAGCUAAAUCAAAUGCUAAGUUAGCUCUUGCAAAACAAUGAUUCAAUUGAAUUUAGAUAAGCAGUUGAUUGGAAAGCUUUGGGUUUGAUGGACUAUCCAAAUAUUAUUAAAUACCCCAUGGAUUUAGGCACAUGUAAAGAAAAGUUAAAGAAUAAUGAAUACAACUUCGUCGAAGAUUGCCUUGAUGAUAUAUAAAUAGUUUGGGAUAACUGUAAAAAUUAUAAUGCUGAAGGAUCUUGGAUUUAUAAAUUAGCAGAAAAGUUGGAAAAGCACUUUAAAAAUAUGAUUAAGAAUUAUCUCCCUUCCAUAUAAUUUAUGAAUGCUGUAGUCAAAAAGGAAAAGCUCUCCUAGAUGAAGAUUAAUCAAGAUGAGAAUAGUUCAUCUCAAAAUGGAGACUAACCAACUCCAGCUAAUAAUACAACUAAUGGAAACAAAAAUAAUGAUGCAAAUAAUGGUACAAGCUAGAAUUAAAAUUAAAUAUAUCAAGAAGAAGAAGCCAGUGAAUCUAUAACAUCUUAAGAUAAAAUAUUAUUCUCCUAGAAAAUAAAGAUGCUACCCACUGAAUAGCUCGGUAUGAUAGUACUUAUGAUUUAGAAUAGUGCUUCUUAAGCAUUUAAAGAUAUUGAUAAAGAAAAAUGUUAGAUUCUAGUAGACUAAAUAGAUCCAGAAACAUUUAAGAAAAUUAAUCAGUAAAUCGAUUUAUGGAAUGUUAGUACUGAAACUACUACAAAGAGAGUGAAGAUUUGA